AUGCAAAAUUCGGAGGACAAAUUGACUGAUAAUGAGUGUGGAGAAGGGGUAGAAAAGACUGAUGAAUUUGGUCCAGCUCUUCCUCCAGAUUUAGCAAACAAACAUCUAGUAGAAGAGACGCAACUUUCUGAUAAAAAUUUGCGUAUAAUUGGACCAGCUUUGCCAAGCAAUACUCAAAUUAACACUGAACCAAUGGAAAGUUCGGAAUCAGAACUUUCACCCUUCUCUGAAGAGGAACAGGUUCCGGAUGACGAAGAUUUGAUCGGUCCUCUACCAGGUGGCUCCAGUUCAAGAAUGAAUGUGGAACUAGAACAACGUGCCCUUGAAAUAAAAUUAAAUCGAUUUAAUGAACCGAAAAAUGUGAAUGUUACGUCUCGUGAAGAUUGGAUGCUCAAAUUACCUGACGUACGAAAGGUUAGUGAUAUGGGCCUUGGAGCGCGACAGUUUCGUACCCGUGAGAAACAAGACAUAGGUGAUAGAACCGUUUGGACCGAUACACCAUCCGAUAAAGAACGAAAGAAAUCGAGCAGUUCGUCAAUAGAUACAACACGCGAUCGCGAUGAGGAGCAAGAACGUCGAAGAAUCGCUGAACGGGACAGACAGCAAGAAGAAAUGGUAAAAAAACACAAAAAGAAGCACAAGCGGGAUAAAUCCUUGUUGGACAUACAUAAAAAGAAAUUAGAAGAAAAAAAGAAGCAGGACACGGCUGAACCAACGCGAAGACCUUUCGAUCGCAAUGUCGAUUUGCAUGCAAACCGUUUCGACGAAGCACAGAAAAAAGCUAUUUUCAAGAAAGCGCAAUUGUUGGACACGCGUUUUUCUAGCGGAGCAUCUAAGUUUUUGUAG